AUGAUCGAUAUUAACAGCCAUAGAAGAUCGGAUGAGAAGCUGCAAUGCCUCGUUAGGUGUUCGCACAAGAUCUUUGAAGCUCUCAAAGAAAGCGGAUAUUUCUUCACAAAUCUGUCGUGUGCCCUGCAAUUCGUCCAAGAUAUGAAUUAUGCAAGUUUGAAAAUGGAACGAUCCGAAUUUGAAGCGUACACAUCUGGAGAUCUCGUGCCACCGUUGAAUAUAAUGAACUGUGGUUGUAAUCAGGCUCUCGGCUCAAUGGAAGAAUCAUUAGUUCGAGUAAGGGAACUAAUCGAGCGUCAACAUGCGUUAUCGAGUAGGAUAGACGAGAUAGAAAGAAGGCUCAGUUUUGAGGAAGCCGAAUUGACUGAAGAAUUCCGGAAAGUUAUGGCAGCGUAUCCAUCCCAGGAGUAUCAAAAGCUAAAGGAACAGCUGGCUCGUGAAGAGAAAGAAACAAUGGAAGCGUGUUCGUUGACGUCCAUGCUGUCGAGGUCGAGCAGAUCAAGUGGGGAGUCAGAGGAGCCGAUAAGAGAGCAAGCUACCAAUACAGCUACCGAAUAA